AUGAUGUGGUCUAAAGAUCAUAAAGUUAUCUGGGACAAGGAACAGGCACAAAAUUACAAUACAGAUAAACAAACAUUGAUUCUUUCUGACGGCUCUGAAAGUCCGCCAGGAUACACACUUCUAGUUUUAAUGACACUUACAAAUAUGGAUAGUGUGUAUUUGGCCGGUAUCAGUAUAAAUGAUAGAUUUUACAUAUCUAGUUCUGAACUCCGCAAAGUCACCCUUUCUGGCUUAUUUCCAGGUUUUACGGAACAUGGCCCAUGUAGCAGUGGUUUUAUGUACGAUAUGGAUUUUGACACUGCUCAUUGUUUUGCCUGUGACAUUUGGCCUCCAUUGGCUUCCCCAUGGAUAGCCAGAUCUCAAGCCUGGCCGGGAUCUCAAAGAGUUAAUGAAAUAGUGAAAAGUGGAUGUCACCUCGUACCAAUCGGACACAAACAAGGGAAUCAUGAAGACGAUGAAUGGAGAAUCUCUUUUUCUCUUGCAGAACAAAAACUUGUGUAUUCUAUGAACCACUCUCAGUUUUUAACGUAUGGCAUGCUAAAAUUGUUCCUAAAAGAAGUUGUUAACCAUGGAGUAUGUGCUGAAGAUAAAAUACUGUGCUCAUAUCACAUGAAAACAGCAGUUUUCUGGGUGCUUCAGCAAAACACAGUUCGUGACUGGUGUCCUCAAAAUCUGCUGGAGGGUUUCUGGGAUUUCUUUAGGUUCAUCCUAAAAUGCGUGUAUGAAGGAGUUUGUCCUAAUUUUUUCAUCCCAAAAAACAACAUAUUUCUAGGUAAAAUACAAGGGAAAGCACAGAAUGACUUAUUUAUUACACUGUAUGCGUUGUAUGAGAGAGGAUAUUCCUCUCUACCAUACAGUUCCACAAUUAGCAAUAUGAUUCAUCAACCGAAUAACCCUGGACAACUUCUUUGCACACAUGAAGAAAUAACUUUCCAAGAAAUGGGAAUAAGUGCUUCAUUAGAUAGAGAAAAGGAGAUCGAUGCAAGCGCAUUAGAGAAACGAAUCUGGAUUAACAAAAGAAAAAUGGUUGUAGCAGGGAAAAUAAAUCUUGAAAAGGGCAUCUGUUACAUCAAAGAAUUAUAUCUCGAACAGCAAUAUAGUUUGAAUAGCCACGAAGAUGUUAACAUAACGUUUAUUCCAGCCAUUCUUCUGUUGCACAUGCUUGAGUUCUUGUGCUACUCACAGAUUGACCCAGUGCACGUGAAAGCAGAAUCAGCAUUACAAGAACUUCAGUCACUAGUUUUCGAAGACCAACUAGAAUCUCCAUCUGUAAUGGAGGGUGACAUAUCAUGGCAGAUUUUAGGAAUCUGUCAACAGAUGUCCGGAAAGUACAG